AUGGCGCCUACCUUGUCUUUGCUGCUUCUGGGAACUGCUGCGGCCAUGAAGUGCCCGGGCUCCAAAAGCUGGAUCCACGCAUCCACAAAGGUGCAGGCGGUUGCGGAUGCCUCCUGCGAUGAUGUGAUGUCGGAGAUGAUUGCCCGCGUGACCUCGGACUGGAAGGAUCCCCACAACGGCGGCACCUACAGCGUGCUGAGCAAAGCGGAUGGCGAGUUGAACCUGCAGCGCGUGACCGGAAACAAAAAGUUCACGGACAAGAUGACCUUGACCUUCUCCCAGGAAGGUAGCCAGUGCGCGGUGAACGCUUGCUCCGAGAGUCAGUCCUUCUCUAUUGGGGACUUCUCCACAAACUACUGCAACCUCCGCAACCUGUACUGCGGAAGCGCUGAUGGCUGCGUGACCGUGAAGCAUGACUUCACUACCGAAGAGCAACGGAUCAUGCCAUCCUUCGGCGCGGGAGGCGACAAGAAGGCGUGCAUCGUGAAGGAGUCUGGUACCACGCCUCUUACUCUGGGAACUGCGGCCAUGAAGUGCCCGGGCUCCAAAAGCUGGAUCCACGCGUCCGCGGAGGUGGAGGCGGUUGCGGAUGCCUCCUGCGAUGAUGUGAUGUCGGAGAUGAUUGCCCGCGUGACCUCGGACUGGAAGGAUCCCCACAACGGCGGCACCUACAGCGUGCUGAGCAAAGCGGAUGGCGAGUUGAACCUGCAGCGCGUGACCGGAAACAAGAAGUUCACGGACAAGAUGACAUUCACCUUCUCCCAGGAAGGUAGCCAGUGUGCGGUGAACGCUUGCUCCGAGAGUCAGUCCUUCUCUAUUGGGGACUUCUCCACCAACUACUGCAACCUCCGCAACCUGUACUGCGGAAGCGCUGAUGGCUGCGUGACCGUGAAGCAUGACUUCACUACCAAGGAGUCAAAGGUCGAUCCGUCCUUCGGCGCGGGAGGCGACAAGAAGGCGUGCAUCGUGAAGGCAGCCAGCGUGGCCAACGUGCUGGAGAAGACGAUGCUGCGCCAGCCCGAAUUGUUGGGUGGCACAACGGAGGACACACUCGGCUGCGUCAGCGACAACUGCCCUGUGGACAACCAAACCCUGCAGCCUAGUCCUUUGUGUGUCCUGGGCAACUGCACCAAGAACCUGGCCAAGUGCCUCUUCUCUUCCACCUGCCGCCACGGGGUGAUGUGCGAGCUGGGAUGCUUCGACGACCUGAAGAACACCGAGGACGACGCUGGGCGUUUGGCAGGGGUGCUGGAGUGCAUGCGCGCGCACUGCCCUGGCUUCCCCCCCAGCAAGACCUGCGCAGCUUUGCACUGCACCGUGGAGGCGGGCGCAUGCGCUCUGCACUCCAAGUGCCGCAGUGCCCUCGAGUGCGCGGACGGCUGUGUGCCCGGCAAGUACGCCGCAGCUUUGGCGGCUUUCACACAGCCUGUGGUGUGA